UCAGCUAGGGCUUUCGCUUUUCAUUAAAAAUCUUUAAUUGAUCUAUUUAAUCUCAACGGUUCGGUGUUAAAACAAUGGAGUUACUCCUCAGAGUUUUGGUGAUGACGUCGCUAUUGUUGGCUCGGACGACAUCCGAAAAUGGUAAAUUGCAGCGCGUGGAUGAGCAGAACUUUGUCCAGUUUGCUGUUAUGGUCACAUGUGCCACGUCCUUACCAGGGUUCCUGUUCAACGACUACGGGUGCCACUGUGGACUAGGGGGCAAAGGCACCCCUGUAGAUGGUGUAGACAGGUGCUGCCAAAUUCACGAUGAAUGCUACGACUCAAUCAUAGCGGGUGUCUGCAGGAAUGAUAUCGUUUACCUAACUACCUACAAAUACACCUGCAAAUAUCGAUGGCCAUGGUCGUCUGCCUCGAGCUCGAUCACGUGUGAUUCUUCCAAGAAUGACGCUUGUCGACAAUCACUGUGCGAGUGCGACAGGAACGCAGCUCUGUGUUUUGCUAGAAGCAAGUACAACAUUGGCAACACCUUCUACGACAAGAAUGCGAAAUGCUAAUGGACGGUGGCGUGGCGUGGC